AUGCAGAGCAGGUGUCAGCAGUGCUACAACAUGCAGAGCAGGUGUCAGCAGUGCUACAACAUGCAGAGCAGGUAUCAGCAGUGCUACAACAUGCAGAGCAGGUGUCAGCAGUGCUACAACAUGCAGAGCAGGUGUCAGCAGUGCUACAACAUGCAGAGCAGGUAUCAGCAGUGCUACAACAUGCAGAGCAGGUGUCAGCAGUGCUACAACAUGCAGAGCAGGUAUCAGCAGUGUUACAACAUGCAGAGCAGGUAUCAGCAGUGCUACAACAUGCAGAGCAGGUGUCAGCAGUGCUACAACAUGCAGAGCAGGUGUCAGCAGUGCUACAACAUGCAGAGCAGGUAUCAGCAGUGCUACAACAUGCAGAGCAGGUGUCAGCAGUGCUACAACAUGCAUAGCAGGUAUCAGCAGUGCUACAACAUGCAGAGCAGGUAUCAGCAGUGCUACAACAUGCAGAGCAGGUAUCAGCAGUGCUACAACAUGCAGAGCAGGUAUCAGCAGUGCUACAACAUGCAGAGCAGGUAUCAGCAGUGCUACAACAUGCAGAGCAGGUGUCAGCAGUGCUACAACAUGCAUAGCAGGUAUCAGCAGUGCUACAACAUGCAGAGCAGGUAUCAGCAGUGCUACAACAUGCAGAGCAGGUGUCAGCAGUGCUACAACAUGCAUAGCAGGUAUCAGCAGUGCUACAACAUGCAGAGCAGGUAUCAGCAGUGCUACAACAUGCAGAGCAGGUGUCAGCAGUGCUACAACAUGCAUAGCAGGUAUCAGCAGUGCUACAACAUGCAGAGCAGGUAUCAGCAGUGCUACAACAUGCAGAGCAGGUAUCAGCAGUGCUACAACAUGCAGAGCAGGUAUCAGCAGUGCUACAACAUGCAGAGCAGGUAUCAGCAGUGCUACAACAUGCAGAGCAGGUGUCAGCAGUGCUACAACAUGCAUAGCAGGUAUCAGCAGUGCUACAACAUGCAGAGCAGGUAUCAGCAGUGCUACAACAUGCAGAGCAGGUAUCAGCAGUGCUACAACAUGCAGAGCAGAUAUUAG